GAACGAAACCCGUGUUUUUCUCGCAUAAAACGAGAAUACUAUGGCGGAUACUCUUUCUUUGCAAGAGUCUAUUGCUAACCCAACGGCCUAUCCAGUGACCGAUCUCGGACAGACAAUGUAUUCUAAUGCGGAACCUCUCCUCCGUACCCGCACUGGAGAAACAUCCGGACCCCCCUCAGCUCAAACCCCGACUUUCAGUCCCCUAAGCGGUGGACGCCAUUUACUUGUGGGAGUAGAUGACAGUGAAUACAGCAUUGAAGCUCUCAAAUUUGCUUUUACUGGAUAUGCGAAAGAAGGAGAUCGGAUGACUGUUGUUAAGGCAAUUUCGCCGCUGCCCGGUCAAUUUGGGCCAAACUUGCCUGGAGACUAUAGGAGAGAUAAAAUGAUCGAACUCUACGAAGAAGUAGGCAAGAUACGCAUCGAAGUGGGCGCCGAGAGGAUUCCUUACAGAGUGGACAUUCGAUAUGGCGACCCACGAGAGAUCUUGAUUGAAGCGUCAAAACAGAUCCACCCGACCUGUAUCAUUGUAGGGAGCCGCGGCAGAUCCGGUUUGACUAGUAUGUUUUUGGGAAGCGUCAGUCUGUAUGUUCUACAAAACGCAGACUACCCGGUUUUGAUCGUUAAGAAAGGGGCAUUUUCAACGCUAAUCAAGCCUCCGCCAGGCAGGAGAGCGUCUGCCGUAUUCUAGCAAUGCCGUAGCGUAACAGAAUUCGCACAUAGCAAAUGGAUUAUGCUACGAAUCGAUUUGUACAUAAGAUGUAAUAUAGUUGCUGUAUGC